GCCGCUUCCUGGGCGGCCGCGGCUGCGGAGGAACAUGCUCGCGGCGAGCCGAGCACACGAAAGAAGUGAAUGAAAUGCACAGCUCUGGGUGUCAUUUCUGAAGGGAGGGUCGUUCUCUUGGAGAGGAGUCCUCGAUGAGCCUGGCCGAGGUCCGGGAUCUGUGUGACGUGGACUAAGGAUUUAGUAGGAUGUCAACUGAGACAGAACUUCAAGUAGCUGUGAAAACCAGCACCAAGAAAGACUCCAGAAAGAAAGGUCAGGAUCGCAGUGAAGCCACUUUGAUAAAGAGGUUUAAAGGUGAAGGGGUCCGGUACAAGGCCAAACUGAUCGGGAUUGAUGAGGUUUCCGCAGCCCGGGGAGACAAGUUAUGUCAAGAUUCCAUGAUGAAACUCAAGGGCGUUGUUGCCGGCGCGCGUUCCAAAGGAGAACACAAACAGAAAAUCUUUUUAACCAUCUCCUUUGGAGGAAUCAAAAUCUUUGAUGAGAAGACAGGGGCCCUUCAGCAUCAUCAUGCUGUUCAUGAAAUCUCCUACAUUGCAAAGGACAUCACAGAUCAUCGGGCCUUUGGAUAUGUUUGUGGGAAGGAGGGGAAUCACAGAUUUGUGGCUAUCAAGACAGCCCAGGCGGCUGAACCUGUUAUUCUGGACUUGAGAGAUCUCUUUCAGCUUAUUUACGAAUUGAAGCAAAGAGAAGAAUUGGAAAAAAAGGCACAAAAGGAUAAGCAGUGUGAACAAGCCGUGUAUCAGACAAUUCUGGAAGAGGAUGUUGAAGAUCCUGUCUAUCAGUACAUUGUGUUUGAGGCUGGACAUGAGCCAAUCCGUGAUCCCGAAACAGAAGAAAACAUUUAUCAGGUUCCCACCAGCCAAAAGAAAGAAGGUGUUUAUGAUGUGCCAAAAAGUCAACCUGUAAGUGCUGUGACCCAAUUAGAACUCUUUGGGGACAUGUCAACCCCUCCUGAUAUAACCUCUCCCCCCACUCCUGCUACUCCAGGUGAUGCCUUUAUCCCAUCUUCAUCUCAGACACUUCCGGCCAGUGCAGACAUGUUUGGCUCUGUACCUUUCGGCACUGCUGCUGUACCCUCAGGUUAUGUUGCCAUGGGCGCCGUCCUCCCAUCCUUCUGGGGCCAGCAGCCCCUUGUCCAGCAGCAGAUCGCCAUGGGUGCUCAGCCACCAGUCGCUCAGGUGAUGCCAGGGGCUCAGCCCAUCGCAUGGGGCCAGCCGGGUCUCUUCCCUGCCACUCAGCAGCCCUGGCCAGCUGUGGCCGGGCAGUUUCCGCCAGCCGCCUUCAUGCCCACACAAACUGUUAUGCCUUUGCCAGCCGCCAUGUUCCAAGGCCCCCUCACCCCCCUUGCGACUGUCCCAGCCACGGGUGACUCCUCCAGGUCAAGUCCACAGACCGACAAGCCCAGGCAGAAAAUGGGGAAAGAAAUGUUUAAGGAUUUCCAGAUGGCCCAGCCUCCACCUGUGCCCUCUCGCAAACCCGAGCAACCCUCCCUCACCUGUACCUCAGAGGCCUUCUCCAGUUACUUCAACAAAGUCGGGGUGGCACAGGAUACAGAUGACUGUGAUGACUUUGACAUCUCCCAGUUGAACUUGACCCCUGUGACUUCUACCACACCAUCGACCAAUUCACCUCCAACCCCAGCCCCCAGACAGAGCUCUCCAUCCAAAUCAUCUGCCUCCCAUGCCAGCGACCCCACCACAGAUGACAUCUUUGAAGAGGGCUUUGAAAGUCCCAGCAAAAGUGAAGAGCAAGAAGCCCCUGAUGGAUCACAGGCCUCCUCCAACAGUGAUCCAUUUGGUGAACCCAGUGGGGAGCCCAGUGGCGAUAAUAUAAGUCCACAGGCCGGUAGCUAGAUAGCACAGGUCUGGGAGCUGGAGCCUCUCUAUGCGCAGAUCAUCAGACCUAAGAAAUAGCAUCAGUGUGGGCUCGUGGCGGGUGCAUCAAGACUGGCAUGGAAAUCAGCGUCGCGACAGGCUCUCUUGUAUUUUUUCACUUCACCUCAUCCCACGAAGACAUUCAUGAUUGCCCCAAUGGAACUCGUUUGGAAAAGGGAACUAAGAAUUUUUGGCAACCAAUGGCGGAUGUCUAAGGCAGCACAAAACAUACACGCAAAUAUAAAAUAAUCAUACCCACUGUUAAAUUAUAUGAAGAAAAUGCUUGCCCAACAAAUAUCCUGAGCUCUCUUAGCAUGGGUUGAAGAUGACCCAGAAUGCAAAAUCAUCCUUCUCUUUAUCUCUACAUAUUGAGCACUGUAGAGACUUCACAUUUGGAAUGACAGAUCUCAGAGAGUUACAACAGGAUUGGCGCUCGCUUCUGCUAGGCAAAGCAAGAGACCCUCUGUGACUACAGUCUUAUCACCCAUAUGCCUUUUGACAUAUGGUGAUGUUUUUUCUUCACAGGACCUGGUUUGCCAUUCUCCACCUCCCCCCCCCUUUCCUUUCUUUGUCAUGUUUGAAAAUUAAUGGGUGUACAAAUUUUUGUAUUGCUUUUGACCUUUUUUAGAUGUGGGUGAAGAGAUCUAACUGGAGAAAAAGGCUCAUGAACAAGACAAGUGGUUGAUGAUUCUUUAAGAUCAAGAAUGUUGCCAAAACAUUUACUAUCCUGCAUCCUAGUGAAGAGAGACAGCGUUUGGUUUGGACUUUCAUUCUAUUAGUAGGAAAGGACAUCAAAUCCCAUUGAUGAGAAAGGUGGAAAAUGCAUCUGAUUUCCUAAGAAGUUCUAAACUCUUAAGUACAAUAUAAUGAUAUUUUUUAUUUUUCCGAUAAUCUUGCUGCUGUGAUGCUAUGCAGACAAGUGUCUUCUCCACGUGCCAUUUUCAAAGAAAAGUCAUUUGCCAAAUAAUUCUGGUACAAUCCUGGUAAUGUGGUUGGUUUUGGAUCUUAAAAACUGACUUUCUGACAGGACAACAGUGACAUGAAUAUUCAGAAUAACAAAGCUGAUUCCGUGAUCACAGUGGUUCAUCUCUCUCUCUUUUUGUACAUCAGAAAAUUCAAAUGGGAUUUUUAUUUUAUAACUUGAGAAAAAAAAACCUUACCAUUAAACUCUUUAAAUAUUUAAGGGAAAUGGCUUUAAGGAGUUCUAAUGAAAAAAGAUGCCAGGUUGGUUUUUUUUUUGUAAAUAUGUUAAUGAAAUGCUUUUUAAUAAUGCCAUUACACUGUAGAGAAGGUAGCAGAUUGAGUGCAAGAUGUGACAAACUUGAUGGAUGGGGCUCACCUUCCAGAUGUUAUUCUGGAGCAGAUGGUAGGAAGCUGGAGUCGGGAACAGCUGGCAGGAGCAGCUGGCCAAUCAGCAGCCCGCACACAGGAAGGGAGCAUGUGACACCAUCACCUGGCCUUUCCUCGCGAGUACCCGCCCUUGCGUUAAACACGAAAAGACAGUCCCGUGGUGUGGGCCUGUCCUGUUGAUCCUGAAGCCCUCUCCCACCUCUCCACUUCUGCCUACCCCUUAGAGAUCACUGGGCUGUUUGUAUGUGAAACAGAAGAGUUUAAGCUUCCUUUUUUUACAUUGAUGAGACAAAAAGUGCAGUGUUCGGUUCGUAUGUUUAGCACAUGAUUUUCAUAAAGAAUCUAUAUAUUUUUGCCCUACAGAGAAUUGUUCUACAGGUCAAAUGUGUUUUCCUGAUGUUCCUAUGCAGUUACAGUAUGUUGAAUUUAGUGGUUUAACACUAAGAAGGAAAGUUCAAAGAAUCAUGUGGUUAAUUGGAUUUGGGGGUGAUUAUUGCUACUUGGUUUUAAAAUUGGAAAAGUAUAAUUUAUAUUGAUAUGAUUGACUUAAAUGGGCCUGUGUACUUUGGUUCUUCAUAUCAAUAGAAACUAAAACAACUCAGAAAGAGGAAUACUUGGUAACAAAGAAAAAAGUUGAUGUCAAGGUGAUUGUUACUCUGAAGCUCAAAUCUCAUGCUAUCAGGUUACUGGAGUCUAAUUUCUUGUCCAGUAAAGAUUGCUGACCAGAUGUUUCUUCUAGAAUAUACGUAAAUGUCCUAAUGUGGACAGUCUGAAGAACCAGAGAAAUGAGAAGGGCCAUUUACCUCCCUCCCUCCGUAGCGAUCACCUAUUGGUCCACGUGAUUUCUCUGGGAUGUGCGUACAUUUUGUGACUUGGUAAUCCUUUACAAAGGGGAACAGGAAAGGUUUGAUAACAUGAGAGUCAUUCUGAAACCAGUCCUAUUGUGUUUUCUGGGGAUUUGAUAAGAUAGGCAGCUCCCGUGGGAAACAGCUUAAAUUGCUGUGUCGUCUGGAUUCUGAUUCUGAGCAAGUGGUGCUAUCGUCUCCCUCCACGUGGCUGUCUCGAGUCUGCCCUGCAGUGCCACACCAUUGUAUAAUCCUUUGGGCUGUGUCUGACACGUGCAAAGUGAACUCUGGCUGAUAUUGCUGUUUCGGGAAUACCAUCUGGAGUUCAAUUUGCAGCAGGAAGUGACAGUCUGAUGGACUUGACAUCAGUCAUUGACUGUGAUUGAAAAUGUAACUGCCUCUGAACUUACAUGAGAUGCCCAUGUGAUGCAUUAAAGGGAGGGAAAUCAAGCUAAGUUUCAAGCUGCUGUCUUAGGUAAUCGUUGGCAGAAUUCUGAUUUUGAACAAGCACUGUUUGGUGAGGACCGAACCACCCCCAUCCUGGGAAUACAGUGAAAUUUCCAAGUAAAAGCUGAGGUGCCGAUACCAAAAGGCCAUGGGGGAGCCUGCACCGUUCUGGUUAGAUGGACAGAAAAUCCAUGUGUGCAACUGUUAAUUCCUCAUCCUUCACUAGCACUAAAUUUGUCACUUUAAAUUUUAAAACCAGGGAAAUGCCACCUGUCAUUCUGUCCCCAUCCCCCAUAGUUCUUCAAUCUUUCCAUACUGCAAGACUUUUUUGAUAAUUUGUACUCAUCCCAGUGUCUACUGAAACCCCAUCGUGUAAUGUACCGGGCACCUUCUUUUAAAAAAAAAAAAAAUGUUUACUCUGUGGGUUUGGUUCAUUUCAAUUUCUGUGUUCUGACACAUAUUUUUUUAAUAAAGAUGAGAAAGAGAAAAUGACUGUUGCAGUACAUUUCUAGACCUACUUUAACUUUACCUCAGAUGACAGUUUGUUAACAUAUAUGGACACAUUAUUUUUAACUUUAUGUACAAUGCAUACGACAGAACAGCAAAAUUUUUAGAAAUUUUCCAUUAAUUUCUGUAACACGCCAUGUAAAACUGUUACAAAUAAACAUGUUUGA